AGUUAUGAUGACUUUCAGAGUUAUGAUGAUUUUCAAAAUUACAAUAAUUUUCAAAGUUAUAAUGAUUAUGAAACUGAUAAAAAUAGUAGAAAAAAUUCACCUACAGUAUUGGUUAUUGAAAAGUUAAGAGAAAUUGAAACAUACAAAAGGCAUAGCUUGCCAGAAAUUUCAGAUGAUCUUUUUACUUAUCUAAUAAUAUUUGCAAUGAAUGCUAAUUAUAUCAUGCCUAGAAUCGAUAAAAUGGAAAGACAUAAGGUUAGUCGAAAGGAAGAUCUUGUUUUAAAGACGUCAUCAGAUCUGGAAUUCAGUAGUGGAGAAGCUAAGAAGAUUUAUAAAACUAAUAAAAAAACAAAGUGGUUUGUAGAAAGCAGGCUUAAACUGCCAAAAUUAUUAAAGAAUAUGCUUGUACAAUUGGCAAGCGAAGCAGCUAUUUGUGAUUGCGUUAGUAAAGUUCAGAGGCGUUUAAUUAAAGUUAAAGAAGAAAAA